AUUUGAGCAAGAAAAGUGAAACAAAUAACAACCUAAUUUGUAAGAAUGACUUCUGAAGAGAAAAUCACCCACGAAGCAUAUACAGUGUGUCCACCUGUCUCCAUUCCAGCUCAAAUCGAGUCAUUGGCUUGCUAUGAUAAUAUUGUGCUAUUGGGUACGCGUCAAGGCCAUUUACUGAUGUAUGCUGUGGAACAAAAUGCAACAGAAAUUAAAAUGGAUCUUCGGCUUUUGAAACAUGACAAGAAUUUCAGCAAGAAACCGAUCACUCAGAUUGAUGUCAUGCCCGAAUAUAAGUUAUUAUUCAGUUUGACCGAUGGACUGGUCUCAAUUCAUGACAUUGCCCAUCACACAUUAUUAGUUGUACAUUCCAAUAGUAAAACAAAAGGUGCAACGCUAUUCGCAUUAAAUGUUAAUCGAACAACCGCACUGACUGGUGAAACAGCAUUGGUUGUUCGUCUUUGUGUGGUUAUCAAACGUCAGUUACAAUUUUGGUAUUGGAAACACGAUAAGUUGUUACAAUAUCGUGAACCAAUUCAACUAGAUGAUUCGCCUAAGGCCGUCGUAUGGCUCGAAAACGCAAUUUGCAUCGGAUUUAAAACUGAUUAUAUUGUAUACGACAUUUCAUCGGAAAGGCCACGGAAAACUGAACUCUUUCCAACAAGCUCAUCAAAAACAAUUGACCCAUGUAUUACAGUCAUUAACGAACUUUUUGCUGUUGUUAAAGAUGAGUUUCUUAUUGCUGUAGAUCCGAAAAGUUCGGUUUUGCCAGAAACAUGUGCAACCAGUGGAAAAAUAUCAAAAGAACAAGCAACAUUGCCCCAAGACCAAACAAAUAAAUCAUUUAAAUCCUUUGCUUGGUCCCAUCCCAUUAGUCAACUUGUAUGGGACGAACCCUAUGCGAUCGGUUUGCUCCCCAAUGGUGUAGAGGUGCGUGUUCUUGAUGCAUCGGGUUCCAUGAAAGACACCUUCAUCCAGACUUUACCAGAAAUUCAAAAAGCGAGGCAUUUAGUAAGAUCCGAAAAGGGUUGUAUAUUUGCAGCUUCUAUGACUCAACUCUACUGCAUUCAAGAAGUAGACAUUCAAAAGCAAUGCCAAAGUCUAUUGCAACAAAAUAAGUUCCAGUUGGCUCUACAGUUAAUGGAAAUAUCGGACUUGGAAGGAAAAAUGAUUGAAAAAAACCGUAUACAAACUCUAUAUGCAAUUGAUUUAUUCGUAAAUAAAUACUUCAAAGAAUCGAUGAGAGAAUUUAUAAAAUUGGAAACUGAUCCAUGCGAUGUCAUUAGGCUUUUUCCCAAUCUAUUUCCCAAAGACUCGGCUGCAACGAAACUAAGUCAGUUUGCAUUAGCAAAAUCGAAUCUACCAGUUUUAAAUGGUAAAGACCUUGAAAUGGCUUUGCUCGCAUUGAUUGACUAUUUAACUGAGAUUCAUUUCAAUAUUAUGCGUCAAAUGGAGAAUGCAAAACAAAAGAGCCACAGUAAAAAUUUAAACUAUCUUCUGUCCAUUAUCGAUACCACAUUAUUGAAAUGUUACCUAAAGACGAAUGACUCGUUGGUAGCGCCACUAAUACGUAUGAAUCAUUUGUACUUGGAUGAGGCCGAGAAGACUUUGCUAAAUUUUGAAAAAUUUGGAGAUCUUAUUGUCUUAUAUCAAACAAAGGGUCAUCAUAAGAAAGCAUUACAGCUGCUCCAAUCUCAAGCUGAAAUUCCAAAUUCAAGUCUAUUUGGACACGAACGCACCAUUCAAUACCUUCAACAUUUAGGCAAUGAACACAGACGUUUGAUAUUCGAAUUUGCUGGCUAUGUUAUAGAAAAAAGUCCAGAAGAUGGCCUUCGAAUUUUUACUGACGAUAUACCCGAAAUUGAAAAUUUACAUCGCGCAGAAGUGCUCAAUUAUUUGUUGAAAAACCAUAAAAGCCUUGUAACACCCUAUUUGGAACAUAUCAUUUUUGUGUGGAAUGAACAAAAAGCCCUAUUCCAUAAUAUUUUAAUUGAACAGUAUCGCGAAGCUUAUGUUAACAUAGAAACUAGUCCCAACGGUGGUGAUAAAAAGCAAAAGGAAUUCGCCAGUCAAAAUAUACGUGAUAAGAUGGUUAAUUUCCUCAACAACUAUGAUUAUCUGCAUGCCGAAACCGUACUCAAAAUGUUUCCAGAAAACGAUUUAUUCGAGGAGCGAGCAAUCAUUCUCGGAAAGUUGAAACGUCAUGAAAAAGUCCUUGUGAUUUAUAUCCAAAUACUUUAUGAUAUUCCGAAAGCAAAUGCCUAUUGUGAGGACGUUUAUAAUAAUGCGUCGGAUUCAGAUGCUGCAAAAAAUAUUUUCAUUCAGUUAAUUGAAAUUCUUCUGAAACCACCCACAAUGCCACCAUACACGGGAGUUGAAUUGCAUCCAAAUUGUUUACAGCCUAAUGUGGAAGCUGUACUGGAGCUACUUGAUCAUCAUGCUGCCAAGUUGAAUCCGGUUCCCAUCCUUCAAAUUCUUGCAAAUGACAUUUCAAUCGUUCGUUUAAGAACAUUUUUGGAAACAGCUUUGCAACAUUCACUUGAACGCAAACGCAAUCAUCAAUUAUUGAAGGGAUUGCUAUACGCUUCUAAUAUACAAUUGCAAGAACAACGCAUGCAUGUGGAAGCGAGAAGUGUUUUAGUAUCGGAAUUCAGCGUAUGCCCAGUUUGUUCAAAGAAAUUCACGAAUCAGUGCGCAUUUGUUCGCCAUCGAAAUGGAACUAUUGUUCACUAUUCAUGUCGGGGACGAAACAUUCCCAAUCGAAAUAUUUUUGAAUAAACUGUAAUGAAUACAUAUACAUGAAAAGG